CGACGGAGGAAAAGGGCGUCGAAGAGGGCGAGGGCGAGCGAGAGGAGUCCGUUAGAGCCGUUUGUUCCUCCCUCGGUCGUUUUUCGGAGGCUCGGCGGCCGCUCGGGAAGCCCUCUCGGCGCCUUCGGGAGGAGUCCCAGUCCCCCGCGAUCCCCCUCAGUCCUCGCGACGCCCCUAGACCGAAUCCAUGGCGGCCAUUAGGAAAAAGCUAGUAAUUGUAGGUGAUGGUGCCUGUGGUAAAACAUGUCUCCUCAUAGUAUUCUCCAAAGACCAGUUCCCUGAGGUCUACGUGCCCACAGUAUUUGAGAAUUAUGUAGCAGAUAUUGAAGUUGAUGGAAAACAGGUGGAACUAGCGUUAUGGGACACAGCAGGUCAGGAGGACUACGACAGAUUGAGGCCUCUGUCCUACCCCGACACAGAUGUCAUACUCAUGUGUUUCUCUAUUGACUCUCCGGACUCGUUAGAAAAUAUUCCAGAAAAAUGGACGCCCGAAGUUAAACACUUCUGUCCAAAUGUUCCUAUUAUCCUUGUUGGAAACAAAAAGGAUCUAAGGAAUGACGCUCCAACUAUUAAAGAACUAUUGAAAAUGAAGCAGGAGCCGGUAAAGCCUGAAGAGGGUCGUAACAUGGCCGAGAAGAUAAAUGCAUUUGCUUAUCUGGAGUGCUCUGCCAAGACCAAGGAGGGUGUGCGGGAAGUUUUCGAGACGGCAACAAGGGCUGCCUUAGCUGUCAAGAAGAAGAAGAAGCCUAAGUGUACCCUUUUGUAAAGGUAAAUCAGCAGUCGCUGCAC